AUGGGGCCAUUGGUGGUGUUAGAGGUUCCUCUACCAGCUGCUUCUCAGUCGCCUGCUUCAGAUGCUAGCUCUAUCUUCUUUGGUUCUUUCAGACUGCCUUGGCCUGGGCCUACUUUUCCUGGUGCACGGGGUCUGCCUUUCUCGGUAGAGGUCCCACAGGUGCUGCUUGCUGCUCCGCCUGAUGGUGGUGUCAUCCGGUCCUUUGAACCGUCACAGUCAGCUGCCCACCCGUCAGCAGGGGGUCGCCCCCUUGAGGUAACUGUUGUUGCUUGUUCUUUCUCGACUGCGGCCUCUGUUGCUUUGACCUCUAUCGAUUCGUCUCCCAUAGCCAGCCCAUCUCCUUCUGUUGCCUGUUCCUUACUACUUACCCUUGUUACCGGCCCCCCUAUGCCCCUCCUACCAUCCAUGACCGCCUCCUUUGCCCACCUACUCUGGUUUUCUUCUGUUUCCAUUGACAGUUGCAUUGUCGCUAGCUUGCCUUCCCUGCGUGUUUUGCACCCCGCACUCAACCGCGGUUAUUCUCGCAACCCCACCUGCUUGCCCCUUCCCCCGGUUAGCCCUGCCCUCCCCCACCUCCCUUGUGUUGGCACUUUUUCCCCCACCUUGUGUUCUGAUCCUGCGUCCACUGCUACCCCCUCAUCCUCCCCUCCGCCUCCUGCUCGGUUGCCUGGUCCCACCACCGGACCUUCUGUUUCUCCUCUCUUGCCCGAUAGGUUGCCACCUGUUUCUCCCUUGUUAAACGCUGAGCUAGGCAUCUCCCUUCCGGAUGCGCUUGCCUCUCUUAAGGUCACGCUUCCUCAGGAGCAGCUUGAUUUUUUGCGUUCUUCAUUUGUUGCUAUUGUUGCGCCGGCCUCCCACUCCAACCUUACUAGGUUGCGGCGAUAA